UUGUUUUACGUUUCUUCACACUGUCAGCGUACGACAUCUUUCAGUAUGGGAAAGCCUAUUAAAAGAAGAAAUCGCAGAGUCCUCGGGUCUCGGCCAUAUAAAAAUUAUUCAGAGGAGAUGCUGCACCUCGCAGUAGAAAAUGUUAAAGAAAAUAGAAUGUCCUCUAGAACAGCCGAAAAAACAUUUGGUAUACCUAGGCGCACCAUCCUAAACAAAGUGAAAGAGUGCCAUAACAAAAAUGUUGGAACUCCUACUCGACUCUCUUUCCAAGAGGAAAAAAGCAAAAAUAGCGUUAACGAAAAUGAUACAAUUGAUGAUAUGAUAGGAAAUAAUGACGAAUACAAUUUAAACACACAUACAACAGAAGAUCAAGCUUUACCAACUUUUACUGAAAUUGACAUAUUAGACGAAAAAAACGGAACUUUACUCUCACAAAUUACACCCACAUUAUGUGAAAUAAAUGCUUCAAGCGGUACCAUCAUUCGUGAAUGUGCUCGGACAAAUAUUAUUUUGAAACCAAAGAAUCAUGAUUCGUGUAAAGAAAACACUAACCUAUUGAAGACUGAAAAACAAAAACCAAAGAUUGUAUCUUGUGUAACUAUACCGUCCACAAAACGUACGUCAAAUAUUAUUUACCAAAGCGAUUAUGAUAAAGAAAAUAUUGAAGCUAGACAAACGAUAGCAAAACAAAAUGAUUUUUCUUUUUACACAGAAAAGUCUAGAAACAUUUCAACAAAAGCGGAAAAAAUUAAAAAAACAAAAACAUCCAAUGUUAAGCUGCGACCAAAGGAAAAAAUUAGAAAAGACUUUAAAGUUUCCAAAGAAAAAAAUAUGAAAGGCUUAAAGAAGAAGUUGAAACGAAGAGACAGUAAAACAAGCAACAGUGAUAUCGAUAUGAGUAUUCACAGUGAUUCAGAUAUAUGCGGGAUCGUUUCCGAUCAAGAUGAGCCAGGUUCUCCUGUAGAUGCUUAUGAUUCUAAUUUAUCUAUAGGCAGUGAGAACAUAGUAGCGACUAUCACAAAAACAGGUCCUAAUUUAUGUUUGAAUGAACCACUGGUUCCUGUAACAGUAGAUCAUUUUUCAGAACCAGGGCCCUCGACUAGUUCAACGCGCGAAGAAGUUUCUGUAGAGUAUAAAAUAGGCGAAUAUGUUUUGAUUAGAACAAACAACAAUUUAGCAGCACAAUUAGAAAUUCUGCUCUAUACAAACAGUAAACUCGUCAAAACAGUACAACAUUUGUAA